CGUAGAGGCUCUGAAGAUCAAGGAGUGGAAAGUUGUCCACCAGCCCUGACAUCUCAUCUCAAGUGUCAUAUGUGUGCAAGGCUUCAUCAUGAGAAAUGGUUAUUGUGGCAUAGUGGCUACUGUCCUGGUGGUCAUGAAUUUUGAGAGGAUAAAGUCAAUGCAGGAUUCCUGUAGGAACUGUCCAGCUGGUACUUACUGUGUGAAAAACAAGAUUCAGACUUGCAGUCGCUGUCCUUCAAAUAGUUUCUCCAGCACAAGCGGACAAAAGGCCUGUGACAUCUGCAGGUCGUGCGAAGGUGUUUUCAGGACUAAGAAGGCGUGCUCCCCCACCAGCGACGCAGAGUGCGAGUGUGUCUCAGGAUUCCACUGCCUGGGGACGGGAUGCAGGAUGUGUGAACAGGACUGUGAGCAAGGUCAAGAAUUAGCCGAAGAGGGUUGUAAAGACUGCUCCUUUGGGACAUUUAAUGAUCAGAAAAAUGGCAUCUGUCGACCCUGGACAGACUGUUCUUUGGACGGGAAGUCUGUACUUGUGAAUGGGACGAAGGAAAGAGAUGUGGUGUGUGGACCAGCCUCGGCUGACUUCUCUCCAGAAGGUCGCACCCCGCCGAUCAUCGUCUCCUUCCUCACACUGAUGUCGACGGCCGUGCUGUUCCUGGUGUUCUUCGCGCUUCGUUUCUCUGCUGUUAAACAGGGCAGAAAGAAAUUCCUGUGUAUACUCAAGCAACCGUUUACGAAACAAGUACAAACCGCGCAAGAGGAAGACAGCUGCAGCUGCCGAUUUCCAGAAGAAGAAGAAGGAGACUGCGGACUGUGAAUACAGAUCCCCAAAGCCGUUCGGAUGCUGCUGAGAAGAAUCAGAGGAGAAACAGAGCGAUCCCACGACCGUCCUUCUAAACCAAAAGACGCGUCCUCCACAGCGCCCAGGAUUCACCCCGACGCAUUUCUUCCAAAUGCUAAUGAGUUAGCCUUUAAAAAUGUACCACUUUUCACAGAACUGAAGACGAGACAGAGGUGGUGGUAAAAGGAACAUUUUCUAGAUACUGCUUGACAGGUUUGGGCUAGUUCUUUUGAAAUCUAGAGAAUUGUAUUUUAAAUUUAAUCACGUAGACCGAUAGUCCAGCUAAAGUUAUAAUCGAAAUUAAUUCGAGGUUUUGUGUGUGUGUGUGUGUGUGUGUGUGUGUGUGUGUGUGUGAGUGAGUGUGCACACUAAUAUGACACAUGGCCAUCAGCCACAAGGUGCAGGAAACAUCCCCCAACCAAAUUUUCCAUUGGUUCAGUCAUUUAACACAAUGACCUCCUCUACCGUCAGGGGAGAAUGACGACAGUGGCGAAGUUUUAGGUCAAGAGCAAAAACAUCUCAGACCUUGAGGAAGUGUUUCGGAAAGAGUUCAAAUGUCCUCGCAUAUGCUGUGGGCCUCUCCAUCCUGGACUCUUCCGGCUUUGCCCUUCUCCCCUCCGAGCCAGGGCUGCUAUGUUUUUUUGUUUUUUUGUUUUUGUUUUUUAUUCUUAAAUACUUUAAAAAUAAUAUUUCAUACAUCUAAACUAAUAAAUGAAACAGGUAUAAAGCAAAAUCACAGAGCGAAGACCCAUGAGCCACACCAGAGGGCUGGAGCGAGAGUUGCAGAAUGCUCUUGGGUCAUAUCUGAGAUGCCACGCAUUUUCGUGUGGCUUUUGAGCUCAGGACGGAUUUUACACAUUUAAAUGGUUUAAAGCAAUCAAAAAAGGAAGCACAUCUCAUGGCAUAUACCAUCAUGUGAAACUCAAAUUUCAGAGUCCAUAAAUGAAGUCUUACGAGAACACACAGCCACGCUUAUUUAUUUAUAAAUUAUCAAAGGCAGCCCUUGCAUUAAAUAGUUGAGACGAGAGACUCUAUGACCCAUAAAGCCUAAAAUAUUUAAUAUCUGACCCUUUAUAGGGUCAAAGUCAGGAUCAGAGCAUCUGUCCGGGUGUCGCUUCUCUCCUUCUUCUGCCCACCUUCCCACCCCACCUCCA